CUCACCAACAAUCUCAACGUCUCCUCCUCCUCUCCUAUUCUUAGCAACAUCUAUAUAAACAGCGACAGCGACAACCAAAUCUAACGCACCAUAAAUAAAUAAAAAUAAAAACAGCAACAAUAACGCAGUCUUGCGUCUUGCCUUGGCAACGUCAAUUCCGAUGGCGACAAGAGCAGCGUUGUGUUGGCGCCACGUCGCCGUGUUCGCUGCCGCGCUGCUCGCGGCGGCGGCCGUGGUGGUGGCCGGCGACCCGGGCAAGAUCGGCAUUUGCCACGGCCGCGUCGGCAGCAACCUUCCACCUCCGGCGGCCGCGGCGGCGUUGCUGAGGCAGAACGGGAUCACCAAGGCGCGGCUCUUCCUCCCCGACCCGGCGGUGCUCCCGGCGUUCGCCGCCGCCGGGAUCGACCUCAUGGUCGGCGUGCCCAACGAGAACCUCACCUUCCUCUCCGCCGCGGGGCCCGACGGCGCGCUCCGGUGGCUGCAGUCCGCCGUGCUCGCCCACGCCCCCGCUGACCGCGUCCGCUACCUCGCCGUCGGCAACGAGGUGCUGUACAACAACCAGUUCUACGCGCCGCACCUGGUGCCCGCCAUGCACAACCUGCACGCCGCGCUCGUCUCCCUCGGCCUCGGCGACAAGGUCAAGGUCUCGUCCGCGCACGCCUCGUCGGUGCUCGCCUCGUCGUACCCGCCAUCCGCCGGCGCGUUCGACGCCGCCUCCCUCGACGUCCUCCGCCCCAUGCUGCGCUUCCUCGCCGACACCGGCGCGCCCUUCAUGGUGAACACCUACCCGUUCAUCAGCUACGUCAACGACCCCGUCAACGUGCAGCUCGGCUACGCGCUGUUCGGCGCGGGCGCGCCGGCGGUGAGCGACGGCGCGCUCGUCUACACCAACAUGUUCGACGCGACGGUGGACGCGCUGGCGGCCGCGCUCGACAGGGAGGGGUUCGGCGCCGUGCCGAUCGCGGUGACGGAGACCGGGUGGCCGACGGCGGGGCACCCGGCGGCGACACCGCAGAACGCCGCCGCCUACAACGCCAAGAUCGUGGAGCGGGUGGCGCGCGGCGCCGGCACGCCGCGGCGGCCAGGCGUGCCCGUGGAGGUGUUCCUGUUCGACCUGUACGACGAGGACGGCAAGCCCGGCGCCGAGUUCGAGAGGCACUUCGGCAUCUUCAGGGCGGACGGGAGCAAGGCUUAUAACAUCAACUUUGCUUAGAACUUGCCUGUAUUUGUAAUGGUGUUGAUUUGCGAAUCAACUUGCUAUAUAUUGCCCCCAUUACAUUUUUUUUGCCCCUUGUGUUUCUCUCUGUUAUUCCUCAACAUAUGAAACUUCAAUAUUGCAUCUGUUGAUUGUUAUUUCUCAAACUUCGA